AUGUCUCGUCAAAAGCAAAGAACUACUGCUCAAUUGUGUAACUCGAGUAAUUAUGACGAUAACAGUACAUGCAAAGAAAACCUACGAUCAUUCACCUAUCCUGGCGAUUAUCCAGGAUAUUUCCCACAACGACUGACAAAUACUGCAACAACAAUAAUAGGCGAUCACCCUCCGUCAGUAGUCAACGUUCAUCAUAUUAGUGAACCGAUAAUUCAGCCGAUUUUUGGCGAAAAUGAACAUGAAGAUGUUGAAUAUCAUGGAGGAUCAUCGUUGCUUUAUGUCGAUAAAACUAACAAUGGUAAAGGCAAAAUUAUUCAAGUUUGUCAACGUUUUCGUGGUAUAUUCUAUGCAUUAAUGGGCACUUGUUUGUUUUCAUCCUUAUCUUUUAUGUUGAAACAAUCGGCUGUUGAUGUAUUCGAUGCAAUAUUAUUUCGAUUUCUCUCUCAAACGAUCAUUUUACUGGUGUUCAUCUCUCACAGACGUUAUAGUCCAUUUAUUGAAAACAAAAAAGUAGUAGCUAUUGCAUUCCUUCGCGCUUCUGUCACAAUGGCUGGAACACUACUCUAUUUUCUUAGUUUUAAAAUGUUACCGUUACCAGAUUUGACAACGGUACGUUACACCCAAGUUAUAUGGACGGUAAUUAUAGCCAUGAUUAUUUUUCAUGAGAAAUUAUCGAUUCCAAUCGUCAUGGCUAUCAUAUUAACACUAACGGGUGUCAUUUGUGUUUCACAGCCAAGUUUUUUUUUUUCAAAAACAUAUCUCAACGCUACAAAUGGUACUUUGGAAAAUAAGACCGACGAAAGAUAUGAUCGGAUGUUUGGCUUAUUAAUUGCUCUUUUAUGUGCUAUUUUAAUAUCAAUGAGCAUUGUAUUGAAUAAGAAAUUGUUAACAUACAAGAUAAAGCCAAGCAUAAUUAUGUUUCAUGGUUCAUUGUUGACAUUUUUCGUCGUUCUCAUAAUUCAGGUUUACAAACGAAUAACCGACAAUUCAUUUGACUUGAAAAAUAUAUUCACGUGUAAGUUACUAUUGGCUUCCAUGAUUGGUAUAUUUUUGAUGAUACCACUUAUUUUAACUCAAAAAGCGAUUAAUCUUGAACACCCAUCGAUUGUUACCGUUGUCCAAAGUUUCGAUAUCGUAUUUACAAUUAUUUUACAAAAUGUACUGAUGAAGGACAAAUCAAAUUGGCUAGUUUUACUAGGAUCAGCGUUAGUCGUUACAAGUAUUUUAUUGGUCGGUGGACAUAAAUUGUAUGAAGAGCGACAUCAGCGAACGAUGAUCAUCGAUUCAAAGGAGAAAACAGUUUUCAUCGAGACAAAGUAG